CGGGAGUUGCGAUUUGGAAUCUCUGGCUGAUUAGUAAAUUGGCUUUAGGAUGACGCCGCUGCGGGAGUGGAGUAAUCUGAUGAGCAAGAUUCAUCGCCUAUUCGCCUUGCUAUUCUUCACGUUUAAUAUCCAGCAGUUCCUUAAUAUUGAAAAUUAUUACAACCACUGAUCAGCUCUGUUUCCGCCCAUCACAUACUCUCUCUCGCCAAUGGCCCUCCCGUUCUCAUCCAUCAUGCCGCCAUUCUUCUCACGAUUAAUGCGCCACUUCACCACCACCCCCUCUCUCCAAUUGACUCCAGAAUCCCUUGCAGCCCGGGGUUUUCCUGAAAAUGCCCAGGAGGCCACGGUUGCUGCCGGUUGCUUCUGGGGCGUAGAGCAUCUCUACCGCAAACAGUUCGGCAAUGGAAAAGGACUUUUGGAUGCUAAAGUUGGAUAUUGCGGUGGGGAUACAACGCAUCCGACUUAUAAGAGUGUUUGUUCAGGGGACACCGGCCACGCUGAAGCUCUACGAAUAAUUUUCGAUCCGUCCAUUGUUACAUAUCGCCAACUCCUCGAAUUCUUCUACCGCAUGCAUGACCCCACCACGCUGAAUCGACAAGGUGGAGAUAUAGGAACACAAUACCGGAGCGCGGUAUUCACACACAGCGAGGAGCAGCAAAAGAUUGCCGAGGAGAUCAAGGAGAAAGUGGCUAAGGAGUGGUGGAAGCGGUCCGUGACGACCCUCGUUGUUCCGGCAGGCAAAUGGUGGGAAGCCGAGGAUUAUCACCAGCUAUAUCUAGACAGAAAUCCCGGUGGAUAUGAGUGCCCCGCGCACUUUGUGAGGAAUUUCCCGCCGUUAUCUUGAGAGCUUGCGAGUUUUAAAGAUAGGAUUUGUUUUAAUUUCGACACAUGCGGUCUCUGUAUGUGGGGCAAAGAAAACAUGUAGCGUCUUGAAUUUUGGAUUUCCUCCUGUUUAUUAUUAUGUAUAUACACCUUGAAGAAUUUCUGAAUUGGGUUGCAGUAUAGUACAGUAGUUGUACUGUCGUUGAGCUUGCGCUUGCUUUGUUGUCACUUCAUUUCUUCUUAUUUGCUUUCUUCUAUUAUUCUGUGUGAUUAUGGAAACUCUGCUGUUCAAUAUUAUUUCGGACCACCCAGAAUGGCCAAACUUGUGGCUCUGAAGGUCUUGUACGCUACUUUUUCACCGUUUCCAUCCUUUAUUUUCCCACUAUGUUUGAAUCUAUAUGAACUUCCCCGCAUUCGGAUGACUUGGCGCGGAAUUCCUAAAACGUUUGGUCAAUCCGCUUGUGAUCCCGAAUUAGAUCAUAAAAUGGUCAUAUUUUUAGGUUUUGCCCCCCCCUCGCCCUCGCGUGCUGGGAAAGAAUGAUAGUUAAAAUGAAUGAAUGCUUCUUUGCCACUCUAGAACACUCCCUCCCCAAUUCGGCAGUCAGUCUGGACCGGACCCCCCUCUCCACCCCGGUGAACCACCCCCACCC